AUGCCAAUGCCGUACCCUCUGAGCACCGGACCUGAUUGUGGCGAUCAGGCGUAUAAAGUCAAAUGCAUUGCAAGCAGCCUCUGGCUCGAAGCCAUGUCAGGAGCACAUUACCUGAUCACGUGCUGGAAAAUUGAACAACCGUGGAAAACAGAUCCAAGUUGCUGGAACAAAGAUAUAGUAAAGGAGUUUGCAGAUUUUAUUCCCAACAUCACAUCCAUCAAUUCACAAGCCCAGAGAAUGAUCGUCCAACCCCCAUCUGUAUAUCCAAGGACUUGCCUAUCACAAAAUUUUCAAAGCCAAGGCAUUCAAUUGGAUGAUUCACGCCCAUUCAACAUCACUAGUAGCAACACAACUCAACUGUUGAAUUGUACUGAUAAUAUGCUCCACCCGCAAGUGCCUAUAAAUUUUUCCUCGAAUUGCCUUUGCCAUACUUAUAUUAAUAACACUCCGGCAGCCGCUGCAUGCAACAGGGUGACGCUUUGUUGUUCUUUUAGAAAUGGGGGUUCUCAGAAUGCCUAUUUAUUUAUAACGGUACAUCCGAAUGGGUGCAUGGCGUAUCAGAGUUAUGUGAAUUUGGAUCCUUCUUUGCCAUUUGCAAAGUGGCCGGUGCAAGGGUUGGAGCUUAUGUGGUCUACACCGUUGGAGCCGAUUCGCAAAACGCAAGUAGAUUGCCGUGAUUUGCAGUUCUCUAAGUACUUGUCAGAUCCCACAGAUGCUAGACAAAAGAGGUGCUUUUGCAAGAAAGGUCGAUACUGGGAUCCAGCCACCGGAUAUUGUCAAAAGUGUCGACAUGGAACAGGCUGCAAAUACUACAAGAUCAAGACACCAGUAUUCAAGACACCAGUGUCGACAUUGGAUGAGAGCGAAGAAAUCUUGAAUGUGAAUAGCAGUGGAAAAUCAGCAAAGAUUUUCACUGGAAAAGAUAACAAGAAAGCAACCAAUGACUUCUCCAAAGAAAACCUGCUUGGCUCCGGGGGAUUUGGCGAGGUCUUCAAAGGCACUCUAGAAGACGGUACUGUUAAACUACCUCGCCUGAUGAUAUAUGUACGAUUUGGAGCUCAAGUUUGUGGAUUAAUUAAGUUUCAGUUUCAGCAAGGCGAUGACGAGGAGAUUGGAAGAGCCUAUCGACCAUCGACCAUCUUAGAUUCAGCUUCUUAG